GAUUUCUGAUUGGGUGUUGUUUGUCGUGACCUGGCAACCGAGUGGCCGUUCACAGACGCUCGCUCAUCCUCUCUGCGCUUUGUCCGUUACCGACAAACAUUUAAACGUUACGUCGAUAUCUUUAAGCACACGCUGUUUGUAGAAAACUCGACGAACAUGUCGACGCGAACGCUUCCUCUUGUGUUCAUCAAUCUCGGUGGGGAAAUGCUGUACAUCCUGGACCAGCGCCUGAGAGCUCAAAAUAUUCCAACCGACAAAGCUAAAAAAGUGAUGAAUGACAUCAUCACGACAAUGUUCAACAAGAAAUUUUUAGAGGAGUUGUUCAAGCCACAGGAGCUCUACUCCAAGAAAGCUUUGAGGACCGUGUUUGAUCGACUUGCUCAUGCUUCUAUUAUGAGACUUAACCAAGCCAGUAUGGAUAAGCUUUAUGACUUGAUGACCAUGGCAUUUAAAUAUCAAGUCCUUUUAUGCCCUCGUCCUAAAGACAUUCUGCUUGUGACCUUUAACCACAUGGAUGCAAUAAAGGACUUUGUGCGGGAUACCCCUAGCAUUCUUAGUCAAGUGGAUGAAACAUACAGACAACUCAUAGAGAUAUAUACUCCUUUAUCUGGUGGGGAUUUUCAACUAAUUAGACAAACAUUGCUCAUCUUCUUUCAGGAUAUGCAUAUAAGAGUUUCCAUAUUUUUGAAGGACAAAGUACAAAACUCCAAUGGACGCUUUGUUCUUCCUACAUCAGGACCUGUUCCACAUGGCACACAAUCUCCAGGCCUUAUACGAAUUUUUAACUGUAAUGGUGAGGAAGUGAAGAGGUUACAGUUCCGUGAUUGUGGAAACUAUACAGCUGCUCUCCGUGAAGGUUCUUUUGAGCUGUUUGGUGACCGAGUUAUCAAACUUGGCACAAACAUGUACAGUGUAAGUCGCCCUGUGGAGACACACAUGUCAGGAACCUCCAAAAUUUCUUCACAACACACAAAGGUCAACACAAUACCAAACCCACUGGCAAAAGAAGAGCUGAAUCUACUUGCUAAACUGAUGGGAGGUUUGGAGAUUCGAAAACCAAGCAACACUGACUCUGGUUUCCGUGUCAACCUCUUUGCUACUGAUGAGGAAGAAGAGGAAGCUUUAAUGUCAAGACCAGCAGAGCUCUCUUAUGGCAUUAUAAAUAUCCAUGCAACCAAGGACAAUCAGGCCAAUGCAGAAUUGGCAAAGAUCAUGGGGGAGUUUACUGAGGCAGAAGAGCCAGUUCCUAGCUCCAGCAGCAAAGGUGAUGACCUUUUGGCUAUGAUGGAUGGCCUCUGAUAUGCAGCAAAUAUGCAUUCGGCUUCUGUAAAGCAGUCCAGGUUGUGCAUGGUAUGCUUCAGUGUCUCAUGCAGAGACUUAAAAGAACAGCCAUCUCCCAAAACACCAACAACUAGGAGCUGAUGUUUGUUUGUACUGGUGGAGUCGCUCAUUGUCAGACACCGUCCAUCUUGUCUCAGUGCAGCUCAUGGUGUGGUUUCAUUAAACCUGAGCAGAUGCUGUGAGGUCGUAAACCCAUUGUAAAUUUUAAACUUUAGUGAUUUCAAAAGUUGCCGACAAAGCCUACAAUUUAUAGGAUGAUGUUUGAUUAUACCAUACAAAUGCUUACUAUAAAUGGCUAUAAAUAGGUAAAUUAGAAAUGGAAGAAUAUCACUUAUAAGAAAAGCAAUUUAGUUUGGAAUUCCUAUGUGAACUGGUGUAGACUGAGUGUUACAUUUCCUGAACAGUGGCAUUCAUGACACUUUAAAUAAAUUUUGCACUGGAGCUAUGUCCAUGUCAACUCUU